CAUUCUUUGCUUUCUUCUCAUCCUCUCUCUCUGCCAUGGUUCUCCCAGCGUCCCACCACGUCGGGCUCCUCAUCUCGAUGGGCUUCUCCCAAAUGGCAACUUUGAGCACACCCCUCUCAAAUCAAACAUGAAGGGUCGACUAAUAAUCGGCAAAAACUCUCUCCCUCACUGGCAAAUCACCGGCCACGUGGAGCUAGUCUCCGGUGGGGCUCAGCCCGGAGGCUUCUAUUUCCCUGUCCCACGAGGGGUCCAUGCUGUUAGACUAGGAAGCUUAGCUUCCAUCUCUCAAGACGUUAAAGUGAAUCCUGGUUUUGUCUACUCAAUAACAUUUGGAGCCAUGAGGAGUUGCGCUCAGGACGAGAACAUCAAAGUCUCUGUUCCCGGUCAGGCCGACGAGCUUCCAAUCCAGACCGUCUUUAGCUCAGACGGUGGAGACACGUACGCUUGGGCUUUCAAGGCAAUGUCGGAUGUGGUUAAAAUCACUUUCCAUAACUCUGGUGUUCAAGAGGACCCUACAUGUGGACCCCUCGUAGAUGUCGUCGCUAUCAAAGAGAUCCUUCCUCUCGGGUACAACAGAGGAGGAAACUUAGUGAAAAAUGGAGGGUUCGAGAUCGGUCCACACGUGUUCGCUAACUACUCCACCGGAAUCUUGAUUCCAGCAAGAAUCCAAGACUUAAUCUCUCCCCUUCCGGGAUGGAUCAUUGAAUCUCUAAAACCGGUGAAGUACAUCGACAGCCGUCAUUUUAAGGUGCCGUCUGGACACGCAGCCGUUGAGCUUGUUGCCGGGAGAGAAAGUGCAAUCGCUCAGAUCAUUCGUACCGUUGCCGGGGAGGCAUACAUGCUCUCGUUCACGGUGGGAGACGCACGAAACGACUGCCAUGGGUCGAUGACGGUGGAGGCGUUUGCAGGCCAAGAACCGUUUAAGCUUUCUUUUGCGUCGGAAGGCAAGGGAGUUUCCAAAACUGGACGUUUUAGGUUUGUUGCCGAUUCGGACCGGACCAGACUAACUUUCUACAGCGCGUUUUAUCAUACUAAGCUUCAUGACUUCGGCCAUCUUUGUGGGCCUGUUCUUGAUAGUGUUGUUGUCCUCCCGGCCCAUUAACAAUUUGUGGUUCUUGAUUCUAUUCAUAUUAAGAUGUUAC